CCAAGACUCUGCACGACCUCAGACACCACCAACUCUGGACAGUAUUUGAUUCUCUACCGCAUGCACAGAAAGCGUAGGGAUUUGCAUUGCUGAGCCGACGACCACUGAGCUAGCCAGCCAUUGCAAGUUCGACACGAUUUAUAUCUGGAUGUUGAAUUCAUCCCUGCUCUGGGGGUGUUCUUGUCGCCAGCUUUUAUGUGGCUCCGGCGUGUUCCAUGUGCUCGGCUGCAAGUCUGACCACGAAGCACAUAUGGCAUGGAUGGCAAACGUGAAUCUCAACAACUCGAGCGAAGCAGUACCUCGGGAUUUGCACGUGGCCGAUACAGAGAGCAGUCUUCAUUCUCUCAGAAGAGACAGAGUAUCCUGGCCAUCUUGGGAUGUUUGUACGGCCUUUCGUGUGGAUAUUCAGAAAAAUGAUGAGGAUCUGAUCAUCACCAAUCUGAGAGUCCUCGCAGGCGACACCAGGGAAGGUCUUGUGCUGACUUUCUCUCUAUAUUUGAAAGCGACUGGUAACGGGACGGCGUUGUUUGCGUCGUUGCAUAUCCUUUGAUUGCCGUUCCCGGGAAUGUAAAGUCUGGGUUCCAUCAUCUCUCCAAAUCUUCGAGGAAUUCUGUACUCUGGAGAAGGAACCAACGCAUCCUCAACAAACGGUGUCGGUCCUGGUAAUGUUCAUAGCUCCUAGCACAUGGACGAGAAACACACGAUCUCCAGCU